GAACAAGUGAUUGAGAAUUUCCCGUCGGACAACAGCACGAAUCCCACUUUGUUCCCCAACAUCGACUCUGACAUGACUUACGCACUUACCUGGUGUUUAGGCCUGUUUCUUGUUGCCUGUUCCUUUGUGGUGUUUCCUAUUGAGGAGCGGAGUUGUGGGUCCAAGCAACUGCAACUCAUGACCGGGAUGAAACCUGCCACUUAUUGGCUCGGUCACGCAGUCGGAGACACGGCAAUUACAAUUUCGGCAAUGUUGAUUGCAGUGAUUCUUUUUGCCAGCAUUAACGCCAGUGGCGUUUUUCUCGCACACGGUGGAUCAGCGACUGGUGAGAGCUGUAAACGAUACAAAGACGAAAUUGAUAAAAUUUUAAGAAGACCGAUGAUGGAACAAAAUGUCAAAUAAAACUCAGCAC